AUGUCGAAAGCCGUUGAAGCCGUUGUCAACCCCCCUGCUGAGCAGAAGCUCUCAGGAUUGGCCCUCUACUCUCGUUUCGCCUUUGCUGGAGCUGUCUGCUGUGGUGUUACUCACGGAGCGUUGACCCCCGUUGAUGUCGUAAAAACCCGUAUCCAGCUCGACCCCGCCAAGUACAACAAGGGCCUCAUCGGCGGCUUCAAGCAGGUUGUUCAGAGCGAAGGUGCUGGCGCCCUUUUGACCGGUUUCGGUCCUACUGCUGCCGGAUACUUCCUUCAGGGAGCCUUCAAGUUCGGAGGUUACGAGCUUUUCAAGCAGCAGGCUAUCAACAUCCUCGGUUACGACACUGCCCGUGAGAACCGCACCGCCGUCUACCUCGCUUCCUCCGCUCUCGCCGAGUUCUUCGCCGAUAUCGCUCUCUGCCCUCUCGAGGCCACCCGUAUCCGUCUCGUCUCCCAGCCCGACUUCGCCAGCGGUCUCCUCUCCGGAUUCUCAAAGAUCUUCAAGAAUGAGGGUAUCGGCGCUUUCUACUCCGGGUUCGGGCCCAUCCUGUUCAAGCAGGUUCCCUACACCAUGGCCAAGUUCGUCGUCUACGAGAAGGUUUCCGAGAUGGUCUACAGCAAGAUCGACAAGUCGACUCUCAGCGAUGGUGCGCAGACUGGUGUGAACUUGGGAGCUGGUUUGGUUGCUGGUAUGGCUGCUGCUGUUGUCUCGCAGCCUGCCGACACUAUGCUCUCAAAGAUCAACAAGACCAAGGGACUUCCCGGUGAAGGUACUACCUCUAGGUUGAUCAAGAUCGCCAAGGAGCUCGGUAUCAGGGGAUCCUACACUGGUCUCGGUGCCCGUUUGUUCAUGGUUGGAACUUUGACCGCUGGACAGUUUGCCAUCUACGGAGACAUCAAGAAGGCUCUCGGCGCCGUUGGCGGUGUCGAGAUUGGAAAAUAA